GCUUGGUGGUGGUGGUUUCUACUCCGUCACAGGAAACUCUCUCUUUCACUCUCCUGCUCCCUCUCCCUCGCUCUCUUCCUUCACUGUAUAUAAGUGUGGUGGGUGGAUUGUGUGUCAGACAGAGUAAAGGAAUGCCAGAGUGUGGGACAGAUGGAGAGGUGCACAAUCCCUGUGCCUCGCCCUGAAUUGGCUGAUAGUGAUGGUGGCCAUACGGAAUCUACAGAUGAUUGAUGGCCCCUCCAGUUGAACCAAGCCCUUGGAUGAUCAUGUUGCCCAUCAGCGGUGGCCACCAUCACCACGUCGUGCCUGUGGCUUGUGCCCUCACCUGCUCCUGGCUCCUGCUACUUUUUCAUGCCGUCUUCGGCCAGAAGCCCGCCAAGCUGCCCCUGGUGGGCCGCAAGCCCUUCAUUGCUGCCUGGAAUGCACCGCUGGACCUGUGCACUGUCAAGUACAAUGUCCAGGUCAACUUGGAGCACCUCUUCCACCUCAGCGGCAGCCCGCGGGCCAUCCGCACUGGGCAGAAUGUCACCAUUUUCUAUGCCAAUCGGCUGGGCCUCUACCCUUUUUACACGGACCUUGGCGUCCCCAUCAAUGGAGGCCUCCCCCAGAACUGCAGCCUGGAGGCCCACCUCCUCAAGACGUACAAGGACAUCAACCAUUUUAUCCCCUCUGAGGACUUCGCUGGACUGGCAGUCAUCGACUGGGAGUAUUGGCGGCCUCAGUGGAACCGCAACUGGCACAAGAAGGACAUCUACCGAUGCAAGUCCCGGGAGAUGAUCGCACAGGCCGAUGUCAACGUGACUCCAUCACAAAUUGAGGUGCUGGCGCGAAAACGCUUUGAAAGGAGUGCCCAGGCAUUCAUGCAGAGGACAGUCCAGCUAGGGACACGCCUUCGCCCCAAUGGACUCUGGGGCUUCUACCUCUACCCGGACUGCCACAACUACAACCUGCAUGAGCACAACUACACAGGCUCCUGCCCCCUGCUAGAGAGCCUGCGUAACGACGAGUUGCUCUGGUUGUGGAAUAGCAGCACAGCAUUGUUCCCCUCAGUGGCUAUCAGGAAAAGUCAAACAGACAGUGUCAGCAACCUCCAUUUCUCCCAGUUCAGGGUGCUGGAGUCUCUGAGGAUAGCUGGGCUUACCUCGCACGACUUUGAGCUGCCCACAUUUGUGUACACACGCCUAGGGUACAGGGAUGAGGCUAUGGCCUUCCUCACCACGACAGACUUGAUCCACACCAUUGGUGAGAGUGCUGCUUUGGGGGCUGCUGGUUUUGUGAUCUGGGGAGACCUCAACCUCACUUCAUCCAAACACAACUGCACAAAGGUGAAGUCCUUCCUCAACCACCGCCUGGGUCAGUACAUCACCAAUGUGACACGGGCCGCAGAGGUCUGCAGUGACUUCCUGUGCCAGAGCAACGGCCGCUGUGUCCGCAGGGACCUCCACGCCCCAUACUACCUCCAUCUGAGCGGAGACAGCUACCACAUUCAGCCCUCGGGGGACGGGGACUUUGAGGUCAUAGGCAGGCACUCGCUGCAUGAGCUCCAACUACUGGCCAAGAGGUUCCACUGUCACUGCUACGAGGGACACGCCGGGGAGAAGUGUGAUAGCCUGAACAAGGUGGUGGCGGAAGAGGAGGGGGGAGAGGUGGAGGAGGGGGGAGAGGCGGAGGAGGGGGAGGAGGAGCAGAGGGAAAGUGCCGCUCCACAAACUGGGAACAGCUUUAGCUCGGUGGUGUUGCUCCUUCUAUUGAAUUUCUCCUUUGUGUGACUGUGGUAUGAUAAUAGCACUUUAGGUGUCUUGUGUUGUUUGGGGUAGGGGAGACAGAGCUUGAAGUCACUUCCAUGGGAACUGCUAUUACGUAAUGCUGUGCCGUCUUCCUACAGGGGUCCUGUAUUAUAGUGGGUAACGCUUUACAUGAAGGGUACCUACAUAAUGACUACAUAACACAUUCAUAACGCAUACAUACUUCAUUUGUAAAGUCUGAUUAUAUU